CCACUCUCAAUCAGGACAUCUGUACUUUAUCGUUGUUGUUUUGUCCAGGUACAGUUGUGCACGCGUUGGACGCAAUCGCUCCUCUUCCUGGAGUUCACCGUCGCUGCACAUGUCCCGAUAAGCUUCUUGUUUUUCUGUGACCUGUACUGUUGUCAUCGACACGAGGAAGUUGAUUGCCACAGAUUGAGGUAGCGGCUCAGAUGACUCGCUGGCCUUGACGUCGAGGGAAUGCUAGAGUGAGGAAGAUUAUUGCCUACGAUCGGCAAAUGGUGUCAAAUAGUACGAAAUCCAACCUGAGUUCAACAUCGGAGGAGCAGCCGCCAUGCCAACGCCCAUUCCUCGCACCGCAGCCAAGCUGCUCGUCCGCGGUGCCUCCAGGACAAGAUCAUUCUCUACCACCAGAGCACUCAAUGUGGACUUUACCCAUGCUGUCAUCGGAGCAGGAGCAGUCGGUCUCGCGAUCGCCCGGCAGCUGGCCUCGAGGACAGGCACCUCGACGAUCCUCAUCGAGCGGCACGGCACCGUGGGCACUGAGACGAGCAGCCGCAACUCCGAGGUCAUCCACGCGGGGCUGUACUACGGGCCGGACUCGCUGAAGACGCAGCUCUGCAUCCGCGGCCGGCAGAUGCUGUACGAGCUGUGCGAGGCGCAGAGGAUCCCCUUCCGGCGCACCAAGAAGUGGAUCAUCGCCCAGGACGCCGUGCAGUUCGCCGGGCUCGAGGCCCUCCACGACUUUACAAAGUCCAUCGACGUGCCCACCCACUUCCUCUCGCGCAGGGACAUCGAGGCCCGCGAGCCCGACGUCCGCGCCGAGGCCGGCGUGCUCGAGUCCCCCACCACCGGCAUCGUUGACUCGCACGCCUUCAUGGCCUAUCUGGAAGGGUCCUUCGACGAGCGCGGCGGCGAGGAGGUGCUGCACACCGUGGUGGAGAAGAUCAAGCCGCUGCGAUCAUCCUCGUCGUCGUCCAGCAACGGCGAAAGCGCGGGAUACGCCAUCAUGACACGCUCCCGCGACGGCACCGGCGGCGAGGACACCAUCACGGCCGAGACGCUGAUCAACUCGGCGGGGCUGGCCGCCAUCGACGUGUCCAACAUGCUGCUGCCGCCCGAGCGGCACCGCAAGGCCUACUACGCCAAGGGCAGCUACUUCUCGUACUCGGCCUCGCGCCCGAAGCCGAAGACGCUGCUGUACCCGGCGCCCAUCCCGGGCCUGGGCGGGCUGGGCACGCAUCUGACCCUGGACAUGGCCGGACGGAUCCGCUUCGGGCCCGAUGUCGAAUGGGUCGACUCGCCGCACGACCUCGCGCCCAACCCGGCGCGCCUGUCCGCGGCCGUCGACGUGAUCAAGACGUACCUCCCCUCGAUCGACCCGGCCGCCAUCGACCUCGACUACUGCGGCAUCCGCCCCAAGCUGGGCCGCACGAGCGGCACCUACGGCAAGGACGGCACGGGCUUUGCCGACUUCUACAUCAAGGAGGAGGAGGGCUUCAGGGGCUUCGUGAAUCUCCUGGGCAUUGAGUCGCCCGGCUUGACCAGUGCGUUGGCCAUUGCCGAGUACGUCGAGGGGAUUUUGUAUGGCGAGGGAGCGAGCGUGUGAGCAUGGGAAUGUAUAACGUGCAAGAGAAGAUUUACUAGGGGCAGGCCGAAUUGCUAGAUCGAUCCAGGUUCUCCGUCUGUCGAGCAAGCGAUCGCAGUUACGCGCGUUAGAUCUGGGCUCCCUUGCAACUUCUGGUUUCAACCCGGGCUAUCUGUGUCUGAGUAUCUUUGAAAAGGAUUGCGUUCCGCGGUCUCACUGUCCCACG